CGGCCAUUAUGUAAAAACGCCCUAUCGCCAUCUCUCAUCUGUCUUUUUUGACAUCUUGCCUACUCCUUUUAGUUUGGUGUUCCUCCAAAUCAGACAUUUAAAAUGAAGCUCAACAUUUCAUUUCCCGCAACGGGAUCCCAAAAACUUUUCGAAGUUGUUGACGAACACAAAUUGCGUGUGUUCUAUGAAAAACGUAUGGGCCAAGUUGUCGAAGCCGACAUUCUCGGUGACCAAUGGAAAGGUUAUAUGCUUCGUAUUGCCGGAGGUAACGACAAACAAGGUUUCCCCAUGAAACAAGGUGUCUUGAGUCAUGGCCGUGUACGCUUGUUGUUGAAGAAGGGACACUCCUGUUACCGUCCUCGCCGUACUGGUGAACGUAAGAGGAAAUCAGUCCGUGGCUGCAUUGUCGAUGCCAAUAUGUCUGUCUUGGCUUUAGUCGUUGUCAAGAAGGGCGAAAGUGAAGUUGAAGGUCUUACCGACGUUACCGUUCCCCGUCGUUUGGGUCCCAAGAGAGCCAGCAAGAUCCGCAAGUUGUACAACUUGACCAAGGAAGACGAUGUUCGUCGUUUCGUAGUACGUCGCCCACUCGCCGCCAAGGAUGGCAAGAAGGCCACCUCCAAGGCACCCAAGAUCCAACGUCUCGUCACCCCUGUUGUCUUGCAACGUAAACGCAGACGUGUUGCCCUCAAGAAGAAACGUCAAGUAGCAUCCAAGGAAGCUGCUGCCGAUUACGCUAAAUUGUUGGCUCAACGCAAGAAGGAGAACAAAGCCAAGCGUGAAGAGGCUAAGAGACGUCGUUCCGCUUCCAUGCGCGAAUCAAAGAGCUCCAUCUCUAGCGACAAGAAGUAAAUGACAACAACAACAUUUAAACAUAUUGUUUAUUUUUAAAAUAAGGAAGCAUUUUUAAUGGGUUCGUGAGUAAAUACACGAAAAAAAGUAAACAUGAAAAUAAAAAUAUUGUUUUUUUAUUUAAAAAAAA